CCAGUCCACAGCAGCUGCCUGAACCAUGAAGCUGCUAACAGUCCUCAUGUUGACUGCCCUGCCCCUGUGCUGCUAUGCAGGGGUUGGCUGCGAUAUUAUGGAUGAUGUGAUCAGUAUGACCAUUGAUCCUGAUGUGGAUGUGACUGAAUACAUCAAUAACUUGCAAGAGUUCAUACCAGGUGAAGAAACUGAAAAUGCCCUCACAGCCAUGAAGCAAUGCUUUCUCGAUCAGAGUGAAGAAACUCUGGACAAGGUCGAUGAUCUGAAGCAACAAAUAUACAGUAGCUUUUGGUGUGCUCGGUACUAA